AUGCCCCUGUUCCAGAAGCCGGACCACCGAUGUUGUUCACCAUGGUCACUGGACCGCCAACUUGAACCGCCAGCCCCAGGGUCCUCUGGAGGUCGACAAGGUGAACCCGGACAGAACACCAAGGAUUACAAACCCUCGCUACAAAUGGCACGCCCACAAUCAAAUAUGGAGUCGCAACGGAACCUAGGGAACAAUGACCGGCAGGAGCUCAUACAGCGGAUCAAAGAGUCAUCGAACUGGAAGCUUCAAUACAGGGAGCAAAGCAGCGCUGAUGAUACCCACAUGGCCCAAGACACCCUGGGGGAGCCGAAUGAAGAAAGUAUGCAGGAUAACCUGCCUUCAAGGCACAGGAGCGCAAGCCCGGCGAGAGAAGAGUUAGGGUCGGCAGCUGAUAUUCAAAGACCACGAUCUGCUUUGCAUUCAGGUGACUUUAGAGAAGGUGCUACCGCCCAUGAGCCACCGCAGUCGCCAAGGCCCCAUUUAUCGGUGCCAAUUCCUUCUUCUCCAUUUCCUAGUCUUGGUACCUCUCCUACAACGCCAUGGUUUGGCCCCUCUGGGUUUCCAACCCCUACGAGACGUGCACCUGCUUUCGGCGAUGUACGCGAGCAGCCAACCGACGGCGAACUCUGCCUCCAGAGACCUUUCGACACCUACAAGAAAGCCCAUCUGCCAUGCGGGCAGUCAACAUCCAUAUUCCUCCUAGUGAGCGAGACAUUUUUUUUCCAUCCACCGUCUUCGCCUAGGCGCUCUUUGACUGCGGCGUAUAGCCUUCAGCUGGCGUCAACUGCGAGCGCCUCUGCGGACAGACCGAGAAGAUCAUCCUUCAUAUCUGAUGCCUCGCCUAAACCCCAUGCACCCAUGGUUGGCUCUUAUGAAGAAUCGCUGUUGCGAGGCCGUAUGUCUAUGAACCCGUCUAAGCCUCUCGACUUCACGGCCCAAAUUGGUGUUCUAGGGAAGGGCAAGUGCAAAGGGCAUCUUAAAUGCCCUCCGCAUGUCACAGUUCCUUUUCCAGCUGUCUUCUACAGCUAUCCGACCUCAGGAAAUGGUCGGUCUAUCUCAGAUGACAGCCCCAGUCCUUAUGUUGGCCAGAUUGACCUAGAGAACUCGCUUCCCAGAGAAGACCCAAGCACCAGCCGACGCCGUAAGCGUCACUACAGUCCAGCCGUUGCACCCGAAGAGAUAGAUCGCGACGAGGCCGGACCUCCCCGCGUCUCUGAUGCGGAUUCAAGGCGACGCAAGGAAAAGAAGAACCGCAGAGCGGAGUCUCCGAAAUGCCCCCCCAGCGACAUGGAGCCUGGAACGAAGACCUUCAUCCGGCAAAGAAGUUACUCGGCAGGACCGAUAAUCGACAUGCCAUUGAAUGCUCGCAAAAACUUCGGCACCGACCGUCCCGAAGCUUCAUUGAAUCCCACUGAAGACCCUCGGGAUAAGCCGACCUUGCGCUACCUUAUUCACCUCAACAUCUGCUGCCCCUCUCGAGGGCGCUUCUACCUCCAUUCGAGUGUCCGAGUGGUAUUUGCCAACAGAGUGCCAGACGGUAAAGAAAAGCUACGGAAUGAAAUCCAGUUACCUGAGCCCCGGUACACUCCCUACAAACCUACUCGGGAGCUUACAAUCUCUACUUCAGCGAGCACUAGCACUCGCCUCGCGAUCGACCAGGCUUCUCGCCGGCGCAGUGCUGGCCAAAGUACCCUUCCAAUGAUCCGCCCGUACGCCUCGUCUGGGAAUGGCGGUCCGCUACAUUGGACUGCAGCAGAACACAUGGGCCUCAACCAACCGCGUCAACCUCUCAACCAGGCAGAAGCCACCCUCUACAACAAGCUUAACAAGGGCGACGUUGGAUACGGAGGGCAUCUCACUUCGUCUGGGCCGAACAGCGCCGAUACCGGUGAGAGUCUCCUUGCCAAGCGGCUUCGCGGACUAGAUGUCCACAGGCCAGGGGCCCUUGAUCGCCGUUGA